AUGGAGAUCACCAAUUCCCCAAGAACGGUGAUAAUGAAGUUUCUGAAUUACAAGGAUAAAGAAGCAGUGUUGAAAGCAGCCAAGGUGAAAGAGCAGAUCCUCUAUAAGAACCAGCCGGUGCGGUUCUACCAAGAUCUAGCAGCAGGUGUUCACCGGAGGCGAAAGGAGUUUGACGGAGUGAGGCUGAAGAAGCUGAAGCAAGUGAAGGCUGGAAACAAAGAAAACAAACUGACUCAAGUUCAUCCAAUGGAUGUUCAGAUGGCAGUGUUUUAUUGUUCAGAUAAUUUUCUUCAGCAGAUCAUGGUAACUAAGCUCUCUCAGUGUCAGUAUGCAGUUCCUCUGCUGCUUCCAAAUCCUUUAACUGGAGAUAUUGAAUUCCCUCUGUGGACGAUUCGCCAGAUCAGUAAGUACUGGAAGACCACGGAUGCAUCAGGAAAAGUCACCAGUAAGACCCUGCCCAUGUACAAAGCUCAAACUCCAAUGGUGGCAUUCUUCAGGAUUGGUUCAAUUUUUUCAUCCAAGUCUCAGCUGAUGAACAGGCUGAUCAAUGAGAAGCACGACACGUUCUUCCACAGGGACUGUCCAGGCAGCAGCAGAGAGCGUCUACUGAUGGAUGGAGUGGUGGAGAUCGCCUGGUACCUCCCAUCUGGGAAAAGCACUGAUCAUUUCUCAGACUGUGUAGCGUUCUGUAAUCUACAUGGAGAUUCCAGCAUCAACGAGACUCAGAUAAAGAUUCUUACUGAAAUGUCCUCUGUAAACGUUGCAUUAUUACCUCGUCUUGAUGAAAACGACAACAAUAUGGUAAUUGUACAAGAGCUUUUUGAGAGUUCAAAACCUCUAAUUGUUGCUCUGACUGAUGAAGAAGAUGAUAGUGAAGAUGUGUGUGAGAUCGGAGAGGGAAAAUACAGAGUAUCACUGAAGGGCAGAAACCAGUCUGAUGUUUCUGUUGCUCUCAGAGAAGUUAUCAAAAACUGCCUCUCAGAACAGCCUGUGACUUUCAGUGUGGAGAAGAUAGCAGAACACCCAGAGAAGACAGAAGAACACACAGAGAAGACAGAAGAAGACACAGAGAAGACAGAAGAGCACACAGAGAAGACAGAACAGCACACAGAGGAGACAGAAGAGCACACAGAGGAGACAGAAGAACACACAGAGAAGACAGAAGAACACACAGAGAAGACAGAAGAAGACACAGAGAAGACAGAAGAGCACACAGAGAAGACAGAACAGCACACAGAGGAGACAGAAGAGCACACAGAGGAGACAGAAGAGCACACAGAGGAGACAGAAGAACACACAGAGAAGACAAAAGAACACACAGAGAAGACAGACAAAAACACAGAGAAGACAGAAGAACAGACAGAGAAGACAGAAGAACACACAGAUGAGACAAAAGAGCACACAGAGAAGACAGAAGAACACACAGAGAAGACAGAACACACAGAGGAGACAAAAGAGCACACAGAGAAGACAGAAGAACACAUAGAGAAGACAGAAGAACACACAGAGAAGACAGAAGAACACACAGAGAAGACAGAAGAACACACAGAGAAGACAGAAGAACACACAGAGAAGACAAAAGAACACAGAGAGUUGAAGGUGGAUGAGAAUAUUGAAGCCUGUCAGAAUGCAAAGGAAGCUGCACAGGGGAUGAUGAGAUUCCUGGAGAGAGAAGAUCCAUCAACAGUCAAAGAAAAAUAUCUGCCCUGCCAGGGGAAACUGUGGCAUGACUGGAGCCAGAAAAACAAAGACUUGCGGCGACUCAAAAGUGAGAACAUAGAAUCUGAGAAAAGUGAGAAAGAGAAAGAGUUAAGAGAAAUAAGAAAGAAACAGCUGGAUCAUGGUUUUAGUGACUUCAUGGGCUUGUUUUUAGGGGGUUUAAGGUCACUGUCAGACAGUGAGAAAAUGUAUUUCCUCAAGUGGACGACAAUCCUGCUGGAUGACUUCACUUUAGACAUACUUUCAAACAUCCUUCAGGAGUACGACCAAAAAUGGUCAGAAAUGUUGGCUUUGCAGAGAACACACAAAAAAGAAAAUGAAACUUUACAGAAAAUGAAAACUGAACAACAAAAUCUAGAAAAGAUCUCAAACAAGCUUAAUGCUGCCACAUUCGGUUUGGAGCACAUACUGAGAGAGAUGGGUCAGAUUUAUGAAGCUUCAGUCUCUGAGAGAAGAGAGGAUAGAGUGAAGGAUGGAGAUCUUACUUACCUUCCUGAACUUGCUGCUGAACUCAUGAUAUCUGGCCACCCGAUGGAGCUGAUGGAUGGUGAUGCUGCUCAUGUUCCUCUGGUCUGGGUUUCAGCAGUUCUGGAUAAGGUCAUCAGAAAACUGGGAGACCAGAGAGUCUUUGUGUUGUCAGUUCUGGGAAUUCAGAGCUCGGGGAAAUCCACCAUGCUCAACGCCAUGUUCGGACUCCAGUUUGCAGUCAGUGCUGGAAGAUGCACCAGAGGAGCCUUCAUGCAGCUGGUGAAAGUGUCUGAUGAGAUGAAGGGGGAACUGAAGUUUGACUACAUUCUGGUUGUUGAUACUGAAGGUCUCAGAGCUUUAGAGCUGGCUGGAAAAGACACCCUACAUCAUGAUAAUGAACUGGCAACAUUUGUUGUAGGCCUUGGAAACAUGACUUUGAUCAACAUCUUUGGAGAAAACCCAUCAGAGAUGCAGGACAUCCUUCAGAUUGUUGUUCAGGCCUUCAUGAGGAUGAAGCAGGUCAGACUGAAUCCCAGCUGUGUGUUUGUUCAUCAGAAUGUUACUGAUGUUGCAGCUGGAGAGAAAAACAUGGAGGGAAGAAGACGAUUACAAGACAGACUGGAUGAAAUGACCAAGUUAGCUGCUAAAGAUGAAGUCUAUGAUGCAGAAUGCUUCAGUGAUAUCAUUGCAUUUGAUGUACAGAAGGAUGUGAAGUACUUUUCUCAGCUCUGGGAGGGCAGCCCACCCAUGGCUCCACCAAACCCACGCUACAGUGAAAAUGUUCAGGAGCUGAAGAGAGACAUUGUUUCUCGUGCAUCAGAGACAAACUGCAUGAAAUUAUCACAGUUUCAGCAGCGAGUGAAAGAUCUCUGGGAGGCUCUGCUGAAUGAAAACUUUGUCUUCAGUUUCAGGAACACACUGGAGAUAUCAGUGUACAGGAAACUGGAGGAGGAGUAUGAGAAAUGGACCUGGAGUCUCAGGAGUACCAUGCUGAGUACUGAAGACAAAAUGCUGAACAGAAUCUCCAGUGGAAAAUUAGAAGCAGUAGAAAAACAAGAGCUGGUGAGAGAAAUUUCAGAGACUCUGCAGAAAGUACAAACAUCAUUUAAAGUGUAUUUUGAAGAAGACAGUGAAAAAGAAACUCUGAUUCAGUGGAAAAGCAGAUUUGAGAAGCAAAUACAGCAGGUCCAUGAUGACCUAGUAGAUGAGGCCAAAAGAAAACUGGAUGAAAACAUCAAACAGAAAAGCAUUCGGAAAGAUCUGGAUGAGCAGCUGAAAAAUCAUGAGAAUACUCUCUUUGAAAAGAGUAAAGAACUCGCUCUGAAGUUUAAAGAUCAGAGUGAAAACAAAAAACAGAAUUUGGGAGACCUGAAAGCAGAAUUUGAUUCAGUGUGGGGACAGUGGGUCUCUGAAUUAACUAAUGGUGUUCCAAAAAUCAAAGAUAUAAACAUCUCAAAUGAUGUCAUUAACAUUUUGGGGGGUAUGUUUUCUGAAUAUGGUGUUGUUCUUGAUCAAAAGAAGAGAGCAGAGUACAGAAAGAUUCACAUUGUUGCUGAUUACAGCAGUUAUGUUUCUAUGAAAAGGUUCAGGUGGGGAGCUCUUCCUUUAUGGAAACAGUCUUUUAAUCCAGAAGAUCAGAUAUCAAUACGAGAACUGAUUUCUAAAGUCAUCCAACAAACAACAGAAAAAGUGAAUUCAUUUCCAGUCUCAGUGCAGGGAUACAGCUCAGGCUACAUCCAGCAAAUUGUACGUGAUGUCAAACAACGAGUGCAGGAGUUUAAACCAAGAGAUGACUGCUUUGAGUUUAAGAAAGAGUUCUUUGUUGAUCUCUCUCUUUAUGUGUGUGAACAAGCUGAGAAACACUUUGUAGAACUUUACAUGAAAUACAGAGAAGCAAAUGAUCCACUUCUUCACUUCAAAAAGAAAAAAGCUGAGUACUUAAAAGUCUUCAUGAAUUACUAUCAGGGAGCAACAUAUGCAGCAGUGCUUGGAGAUCAAAUCUGUGUUAAACUGAAAGAAACAAUCCUGCAGAGUGUGUACAACAUGACCGCUAAAUUCAUCUGUGAGCAGAUGAGAGGAAAACCUCCAUUUAAUGGGAACAGAGGAGAUCUGGAGAAGCACAUUCUGAAGUCUCUGGCAGAGCAGGAGGGAGAUAAGGAGGAGAAGUUUAAUAACUUCUUAACAUACAUGUACCUGCCCAGGGCAUACUUUGAAAAAAUCAUCAGAGACAGAGUUAGACAGUACAUGGCAGCAGAAAACCCUCAGGCAGUUUCUGUAAUAAUAGAACACAUCGACCACAAACAGAGAAUUAUCAUCAGUGCAGCAGAAAAAGCAAAAGAUGAGGUCAAAUCUGCAAAAGGAGACGUGAACAAGUGGCUGGAGAUUUUCUCCAACAGUCUUGUAGAUGAGUUAGGAGAUACUAAAGUUAACCUGAGUGAUAAAGUCACCAAGGAUGUCACUGAUUAUGAUGUUCUUGUAGAUGUUAUAAAAAAAGAGCUUUUGAUUGUUGUUAAAGAGCUGAAAAGAAGCUUCUGUCAACUUUCAGAUCUGAGAAAGGAGAUGUUCAGAGAAAAGCCUGAGGAGAUUCUGAUUAAACACUUCUGCAGGUGCUGCUGGAAACAGUGUCCCUUCUGUGGAGCCGUCUGUACCAACAGUCAAGAAAAUCAUACUGAAAAACACCAGGCUGUAUUCCAUCGCUCAGGUGCAUGCAAAACAUGA